AUGUUUCAAUAUUUCAACAAAAUGAUGAUAAAUAUAAACCGGACCUAUUACGACAAACAUUUUCGGGAGAUUCUAAAUUAUGCACCAUUGGAAGUGAUAACUACACAGUACAUAUUCCAAUUUUUGAAAGCACAUUCAACCAACAGAAUUCUACCUACUAUGUGCUUGUUGAAAAUAAUUUUGUCAUCUCUCAAGAGAGAGAUGAACCUUUAA